GUAAAAGAGGUGGUUGGUGAAGGAUGUUGAUUCCUUGGAAGGAGCGGUUGGAGGAGCAACUCCUGGUAGUUCCAGGUGCAAAGUACAAGGGUGCCUAGGUGGUUCGCGACCACAAUCCCGCACAACCCCAACCCCACCACCUACCUGCCUCUCCCGCCUUCCCACCUCGCCCUCUUCGGUCCCAAUCCCAGAGGCAAGGAAGGAAAGGUACUCCUGUUUGGGAGUACAUUACCGCCGCCCCCCAGGUAGACCGAUCUAUUAAGCGAUCACUCCUCCUUGCGUCUCUCACCCCUGCCACCACCGCAUAUCAUUUCUCAGCCAACACUCGAGCCGGGUACCUGGGCAGCGAAUGCACUCUGGUCCUAGACGCCUCGCUCCUUCUAUUCUCGGCUGCGUCGAUCUGACCCUACGUAAACUGCGCACCACCUACCCUAUGUCCGCCGUCUCACUCAGCCUCUCCAGUCCACCUUGCACUUACAGCCCGAUUCGCCCCAACUCGCCUCGCUCAAGUCACGUCGAUCGUGAACAAAUCCCUUCAGUGCUCCUCAUCUCCGGCCUCAGCGAUCAAAGCGCCAUACGAAUAGACCGGUUCCAAAGCCGGAACAACAUUAAUAACGACCUGAUCGCGACUACCGACCCGGGCAACUUGGCUGGUGCUGACGGUUCCAGCGACGGCAGUCCAAGCUGCCGGCACCUUGGAAUUGCGAGGGCCUUUGGGUCCAACCAAGGCUACCCACCACCCUCAGAGGGGUUGUGUCACAGACGGUCACCCUGAAGCCCGCAACUCAGAGGCGCCCUGCGCGAACCGUCGAGCGAGUGCGAACCGUUGCCUAUGAUCCGCCCCAAGACUGCAAGGCAAUGCGAAAUACCCAAGCGAAAACCCUACCUUGAUCGAGCCAGCCCCGUCCGACAUUGAUCGUUGCGAACAUCGUGCGCAUAUAGCCCUCGGUCCUGGAUAAGCUCGACUCGGCACCGUCGAGUUUGAACUCGCACCUGCGAUGGCUCCCUUGUCGUUAUCCACCCGCCUUCCGGCUACGCUUGUGGACUACCUCUCGCCGCGACAAGUACAGCCUCACCUGGAAAAUACACAACCCCGGACAGCCCCCGAAAUCUCAGGGCGCCUACACUCCCUGCCCCACUUUGCCUCGCGAACGGUCAAGACCGCAUUAGAUGCGCCGAGUCGCGUACUUCUUGCCCAGCGAGACACCACAACAUCCACGAUCCCCGGCGCGUACCCUGGCAUAAACGAUGGCCCUGACGCAGGCGAGGUUGUCGGCAUCACACUUGGCUCCGUGGGCGGCUUUCUGCUGCUCCUGUGGCUUGUAUAUACCUGCCUGUCCAUUGGCAACCGCCGAGACACGUUAAGUUCCUACGGAACCGCGAGUGUUGUCACGCGUAAGUCGCGCCGGCGUCACUCGAAACACCACCACCGGUCGCCGUCACGUCGCCGCGAGACAGUCGAGAUCCGGACUAGCCGCACGGCCCCUUCGGUUGUCGACCCGCCGCCCGAGAGGAUCGUGAUGGAGGAGACGAUACGCAGGUCCACCGGCCCGCCGCCCGGGCCCCCACCACCCCCCAUGGCCGCGCCGCCACCGCCGAGGUUUGUGCCGGUCGAUGAUGACGACGAGGACGAGGUGGUCGUGAUUGAGGAGCACAGCCCGCCGCCGAGGAGGCACAAGACCAAGAGCCACCGGAGGCGGAGCUCGAGCGCGAGGAGGGAGAGUGGGUUCCGCGAGGUCGACCCGGAUCGGUUCGGCGGGGGCGACGCGCCUCUGAGGGACGUGAGGAGGUCGAGCAGACACGGGAGGUAGUUAAAUGCCGACUGCUGGCGUGACUGGAAUGACAAAGGGCAGGGUAAUAAUAAUCUAGGAAUGGGGGAACAGGCAUAGCUAGGGAAGAUAUGGAAUGGUCUUAUUGAAUGUUUACGACAUCAUGGGUUAGGACCGGGUUUACGAAACAACAGGAUAGGGCCGAUGAUACCAAACGGGAAUUGCGGUGGGCGCGGGAAGAAACCUGUAGGAGCACGAGUACGAGCACGAGCAAGAUGGAGAGGCAAGGGCAAGGAUGCUCAUCACAGGACUUGGGAGCAUUAAAGCGAGGAUCGCGUUGCUUGUGACGAGGUACGCUCACGAUGGCAUUUCCCCGGGCGGCAUCUCACUGACCACGACCCUUGCCGUCUGCAUAUGGAGCGAUUGAGGCUUGACGUUGGCGGUGCAGUAUCACCGUCGCUUUUGUUUGAUUUGAUUUUCUUUGCGCUUUGAAAUACCACUUCAUGUUGUUUUUUCCUGGUAGACAGAAAUAUACUGCACAUUUUGGCA